AUGCCAGCACCGCACACAACCAGACACCACUCCUGCCUGCUCGCUCAUCUGCACUCCAUCCAUCCUGCCUCUCCUCCCUUCCACCCCUUCCCAUCUCGCCCCUCUCUCCUCACCCUUCUCUCCCUGUCUCCGCUGCUCCCCAACCCACCAGCAGCAGCAGCAGUGGCAGCGGCAGCGGGCGAGGGGGCAGAGGCACCAUCAGAGGAGCGGGCGGAGGGGGGGAGGGGCGCGGAGGAGGAGGGGGGAGUGGCGGGGUCGAGCAGGUUGUGCAGCGACGGCGCCAGCAGCACGCUGCGGUUGCUCCCUGCCACCGACGCUGCUGACAACGCCCCCCCGCCCCUCGCCCUCGCCCUCCUCACCCCACCGCUCGCCCCCCACCGCGCCCCCUCCCCCCCGCACGCCCACAUCUGGUGCAGCAUGGCCCGGGUGUGUGUGUCCUUGCCCCUGCGCAUGCGCGAGCGCGAGGUGCAGCGUGGCGUCCUCCUCGCGGAUGGCGUGCAUCACGCGCCGCACCACGUUGCCCACCACCACCGCUGCCCGCGCCAUGGCGCGUUGGGGUGGAGGAGGGUGUGGGGGGAAGGGGGAUGUGGUGGUUGGGAGAGUGAGGGCCGGUCAGCAUGCAGCGCGUGCUACUCCGCAGUGGCAGCAAGUGAGGGGAUGGGACCUCAACGCCACGUGUCGGCGCAUCUCUCGUUUGCUUGCUUCGUGCCGGCCAUCGUUCAUCGCUCGUCGCCUUCUCGUCUCCGCGCCACCGACGGUCCCACCACGCGCGCCGCCAUGCAUCGCUCUCUCCUCCGCGCUCUCGCCCGCCGCGCCUCGCACCACCGCAACGUUCUUCCCCCCACCCCCUUCCUUCCGCCUACCUCGCACGCGCUCGCCGAUGAGCUGUCGCUGUUCGAACCGCGACCCGCCUUGAUGUCCGCAGCAUCGACGCCCUCCGCCGAUCCUUCCGCCAUCCGCAUUCGCUCCCCCUCCUGUUCCCCCCCGCCACACUCUCCGCCUCUCCUCGCCCUCCUGCCCCCCUCCCUUGCUCUCCCCUCGCAAACUCUCCGCUCACCUCUCCCCAACUCCGCGCCAUUCCACGCUUCGCUGCUCGCCGCCGCGUCAUCCCGCGCCUUCCGCGCAGCGGCCUUCUCAGCAUCGGCGCAAGCGGCGAGCAGCGGGGGAAGCGGGGGGCUGCUGACGCUGAACGCGCUGGCGGAUAGGGAGGGGGCGCGGAGAACGGGGAAGCGCGUGGGGCGGGGGAUGGGGUCGGGGAAGGGGAAGACGGCGGGGCGCGGGCACAAGGGGCAGAAGGCGCGGGCGGGGCGCAACCCAAAGAUCGGGUUCGAGGGCGGGCAGACGCCGCUGCGCAUCCGCCUGCCCAAGCGCGGCUUCCACAACCCCUUCUCCCUCCGCUUCCAGGUGCGCCCCUCCGCUUCCAGAUGCGCCCCUCCGCUUCCAGGUGCGCCCCUCCGCUUCCAGGUGCGCCCCUCCGCUUCCAGGUGCGCCCCUCCGCUUCCAGGUGCGCCCCUCCGCUUCCAGGUGCGGCCCUCCGCUUCCAGGUGCGCCCCUCCGCUUCCAGGUGCGCCCCUCCGCUUCCACGUGCGCCUCUCCGCUUCCACGUGCGCCCCUCCGCUUCCACGUGCGCCCCUCCGCUUCCAGGUGCGCCCCUCCGUUUCCACGUGCGCCCCUCCGCUUCCACGUGCGCCCCUCCGCUUCCACGUGCGUCCCUCCGCUUCCAGGUGCGCCCCUCCGCUUCCAGGUGCGCCCCUCCGCUUCCAGGUGCGCCCCUCCGCUUCCAGGUGCGCCCCUCCGCUUCCAGGUGCGCCCCUCCGCUUCCACGUGCGCCCCUCCGCUUCCAGGUGCGCCCCUCCGCUUCCAGGUGCGCCCCUCCGUUUCCACGUGCGCCCCUCCGCUUCCACGUGCGCCCCUCCGCUUCCAGGUGCGCCCCUCCGCUUCCAGGUGCGCCCCUCCGCUUCCAGGUGCGCCCCUCCGCUUCCAGGUGCGCCCCUCCGCUUCCUGGUGCGCCCCUCCGCUUCCAGGUGCGCCCCCCCGCUCCCACGUGCCCCCUCCGCCCUCGGUCUCCCCCUUGCGGUGACACCACCCUCUUGCGCCCCCCUGUCCCACCCUCUUGCGCCCCCCUGCCCCACCCGCCUGGCCUAUCCCUUGCUGCAACCGCCUGUGGUGAACGUGCGAGACGUGGUGAGGAAGGUGGAGGAGGGAGCAAUCGACGCGUCGCACAUGAUCAGCAUGAAGACGCUCAAGGAUGCGGGGCUGGGCGGCAAGGCCAUGCGGGAUGGGGUGAAGCUGCUUGGGCGGGGGGCACACCUCCUCUCCCUGCCGCUGCACCUUGAGGUGAGCCGCGCAUCGGAGUCAGUGCGCAAGGCAGUGGAGGCGGCAGGGGGGCGGGUGACACGAGUGCACUACAACUCUCUGGGCCUGCGAGCGCUGCUCAAGCCGCACUGGUUUGCCAAGAAGGGCCGCGUGCUGCCGCGCCCCGCGCGCUCGCCUCCGCGCAUUCUGCAGCUUGGCCUCGUCGAUGCCGUCGGCACGCUGCCUGCUCCCACUCACCCCGUAACAUGA